AUGUAUUCAACAAAUUCAUUAGAUGAAAUAUUUGAUGUACCUGAUGAUAAAAAUUAUUUACAAAAACAACUGAUUGAAAAAACGAAACUUGAUUUAUAUUUAGCAGCUGAAACAAGAAUUGAUAAUAAUAUGAAUGUUUUAACUUAUUGGAAUUUAAACACGUCGUUAUAUCCUAAUGUAGCACGGAUAACUAAGCGGGUUUUAGCAAUACCAGCUACGAAUACUUCCGUGAAACGUUUAUUUUCUCAUAGUGGCAGUACUGUCACUAAUAAACGAACACGUUUGGAUGCUGAUAAAGUUGAUCAUUUAUUACUUAUUAAACGAAAUAUACGAGUAUUAAAAGGAGUUUAUCCUUCGGCAGUUGAACAGUGCACAAAAAGAAAGAAUGGUUUAAUUUCAGCUGAUUCAACACCAUCAACAACUACAAAUAAAAAAAUCAUAUUAAUGGUCGAAAGUCAAGAAGUCGAUGAAGCAACAACCGAUGAAGAUAGUGACAAUGAACAGCUUUAG